AUUUUUAUUUACUUUGCAGGAGAUUCCAUCACAUUUUCCUUAUCUGGCGCCAAAAGCUCCGACUUUACCAUCCACCCUACAAGUGGAGUUGUCACCCUCAACAACGCCUUGAACUACGAAUCGCUCAACCUCUAUUCACUCACUGUAACGGCGUCGGAUGGUAACAGUUAUGGCAACGGAAGCGUGACGUCAACAUCUUUAACCGUUACGGUGACCAAUCGGAAUGACGCACCAGUCUCUCUCAGCAAUUCUUACUCGGCUACAAUUGCAGAGGACGAACCUGGUGGAACAAAUGUGUUGAAAACCGGCGCCUCCGACGAAGACGGACACGGAAUCUUGUUUAGCUUGUCGGGAAGUUCUGAUUUUGAUAUUCUCAACACGGGAAUGAUUCGUAUUAAGACGGGAGUCACUUUAGAUUACGAGACACAAGAUAGUUAUAACUUGACUGUGGAGUUUUCCGAUGGUACAGCGAGUAUUUCCAAGUUUGUAUCCAUCACCGUGCUUGACAGAAACGACGCCCCGACACUUCGGAGUUCUCCAUACUCCACGAGCGUUUCCGAAGAAGUAUCGAUCGGCACGAGUGUCUUCGCCGCCAGCGCAAGUGACCAGGAUGGGGAUUCGCUGGUGUAUUCGUUGUCCGGAGCUGGUGUGACGCACUUUACUAUUGACUCUAAUACGGGAAUUGUAACGACCUCUCAGGCAUUGAACUUCGAAGAUACCAUUUCUUAUUUUAUGACUGGUGAGUAUAGAUGA